ACGUGGCCUCGCGGCGGUCGGAGGCCUGCGCGAUGCCUCCAGCGUGCAAAGCCUGCGGAGCCAACCGGGCCUCCCUGCGCCGCCCCAAGACUGGGGACGCCCUUUGCCGCGGCUGUUUCUGCGCGGCCUUCGAGGCCGAAGUGCUGGCCACGGUGCGGGGGGCGAGGCUGCUGCCCGCUGGGCAACGAGUGGCCGUGGGGGCUUCGGGCGGGAAGGACUCCACCGUUCUGGCGCACGUCCUCCAGCGCCUGAACAGCCAGCACGGGCUGGGGCUGGACCUGCGGCUCCUGGCAGUGGACGAGGGCAUCGCCGGCUACCGCGACGCCGCGCUGGCCGCCGUGACCCGCCAGAGCGCCCGCUGGGGGCUCCCCCUGACCGUGGUCUCCUACCGCCAGCUGUACGGCUGGACCCUGGACGCCAUCGCCCUCCAGACCGGACGCCGCUCCAACUGCACGUUCUGCGGAGUCCUGCGGCGCCAGGCCCUGGAGCGCGGGGCCCGGCUGCUGGGCGCUGACCGCAUCGUCACGGGCCACAACGCGGACGACAUGGCCGAGACCGUGCUGAUGAACUUCUUGCGGGGGGACGCCGGGCGGCUGGCCCGCGGCGGGGGCCUGGGGUCGGCCGGCGAGGGGGGAGCCCUCCCCCGCUGCCGUCCCCUGCAGUUCGCCUACGAGAAAGAGAUCGUCCUCUACGCCUAUUUCCAGGGCCUGGACUACUUCUCUACCGAAUGCGUCUACGCGCCGGACGCCUUCCGCGGCCGCGCCCGCGCCCUGCUCAAGGACCUGGAGGCCGCCCGGCCCAGCGCCGUCCUGGACCUGGUCCACUCGGCCGAGCGCCUCACCCUGCGCCCCGGCACCGGCCCGCCCCCGCCCACCACCUGCACCCACUGCGGGAGCCUCGCCAGCCGCCCCCUGUGCCAAGCCUGCCAGCUCCUCGACGGGCUCAACCGCGGGCUUCCCCGCCUGGGCAUUGGCGGGGAAGCCCGGCUGGGAGACAGGGUCCGGCCAAGGGAAGGGCAGGCCCCAGGGGAGGGGCAGGAGUCGGGAAAGCCCCCUGGGAAGGGUGGAGGGGGUCCUCUGCUCCCGGCCACUUUGGCCUUUUAGAGGAGGGGAGAAUUAGACUUGGGCAGGAGGAGAACCACCCCCGGGCGAGCACCCAACCCUUCAUCCCUGCCUCACUUCAAGGGAUUGAGUCCCCACCACGGGCAGGCUUUGGGGGAAUCCACUUCACAUGGAUGAAGAUGGUUGGUGACCCCGUUUGAUCCGGACCCCUCCGGGACCUCCCUCACCCGAGUCCCAGGAGCUCACCAUCGGGUGGGAACGAAGCCGCGUCCAGCAAGUAUCGCCGGAGGAGACUGUGGCCCUCCCGGGUUUAAGGUGGAGAAAUCGGGACGUCCACCACGGGGUUCCCUAGGUGGACUCAUUAGCUAAAUCUCACACCAUGGGGGACGCCCAAGGGUGCAGGACAGCAGCUAACAAAAGGAAACCAACCUGAGCGAGCCCAGGGCCAUCGCCGUGGACCCCAUCCCGGGGUGAGAUAAAUCAAUCAAUCGUACUUUUUGUGCAGAGCACUGUUCUGGUUCUGUUUUUUCUGACCACUUUGA